UGCCCUCCUCUCCACUGCCCUCAGCCAUGGCCUGCGAGUCGCUCUUCGUCAUUGCUAUUGAUUUUGGUACAUCUUACAGUGGGUACUGUUUUUCCCUUGCUUCAGGUACAGACCAAAUCCGCCAGGUGUACUGGGGACUGGAGCAUGGGCUCAAGACCCUGAAGACACCCACGUGCAUCUUGUUCAACCAGAAGCGGGAGUUCAGGAAGUUUGGCUACGAUGCUGUGAUGAAGUACAAGAGUUUGCCCUCCGGAGACAUUGACAGCUGGUACUACUUCCACAACUUCAAGAUGAAGCUGUACAACACAAAAGUCACAACUGGCAUGGAGCUGAAAGCCAGCAAUGGAAAGACACUUCCCGCCCUGACAGUCUUUUCUGAAAGCUUGCGCUACCUGAAGGAUCAUGCCCUGAACACCAUCAGAGAAGCCUCUUCCCAAGCUGUCUGCGACCAGGAGGAGAUCACCUGGGUCAUUACUGUCCCGGCCAUAUGGAGUGCAGCUGCCAGGCAGUUUAUGAGGCUGGCAGCAAAGGAGGCAGGACUCAUCUCUGACAUGAUUUCUGAGAAGCUGAUUAUUGCCCUGGAGCCGGAGGCUGCAUCGCUCUGGUGCAAACAGCUCCCGUGGGAAGGAUUUGUGGCAGACAGCAGUGACAAGAAGAAGUUUAAAGACUCCCCUGGGAUCCAGUAUAUUGUUGUUGACUGUGGAGGUGGCACAAUAGACAUCACUGUGCAUGAGAUUCAAGAAAACCAUUGCCUGAAGGAGUUACACAAGGCAACUGGAGGUGGGUGGGGAGGCAACAAAGUGGAUGAAAACUUUGCUGGUUUCCUUGAGGAAAUAUUCAAUGAUGGAGUAUGGGAUGAGUAUGUAAGAAACCACCCUACUGAAUUACAACAAAUGAUGUACAACUUUGGUCUGCAGAAAUGCUCUGCUAACAGAGAGGAUGUCUACAUACAUUGCUUGUACAACUUAACCAGAGUGGCAGAGAGAAAGAAAGACAUCUCCCUCUUCUUCAAAAAUGCAAAAGGAGCUAAGUGGUGUGAUGGGGUAAUCAAGAUUACAUACGAGAAAAUGAAGAGCUUUUUUGACUACAGUAUCAAAAAUAUCAUUGAUGCUUUGAAGAAUAUUCUUGACAAGCCCCAGAUGGACAAGGUCCAGUACAUUUUGCUUGUGGGAGGCUUUGCCUCUAGCAUCAUCCUGAGAGAUGCUAUCAAUAAGGCCUUUAAAGAGAAGUAUCAUAUCCUUUGUCCAGUGGAGGCCCAGGCAGCCAUUGCAAAUGGGGCUGUUUUAUUUGGAGUCAAUCCACACAUUAUUGCCUCAAGAAUCAGUGCACGGACAUACGGCGUGAAAGUAGCUAGAAAAUUUGAUACUUCUAUCCAUGAUUCCAACAAACUAAGGAUCUCAAAAGAUAAGAACUAUAUUUAUUGCACAGAUAUCUUCCAUAAGUUGGUGGAAAUUGAAGCGUCAAUGAAUAGAGAUGAAAUUACCUGCUAUGGUUUCACUCCAGUAGAAGCUGAUCAGACAAGUGCAUGUUUUUAUUUUUAUUGUACAGAAAAGCGGAAUGCUCAGUACAUAGAUGAGGAUGGGAUGGAGCUGGUCGCUUCCUGUACAGUGCCAAUUCCAGACACAAAGCUGGGGAGGAAACGUGAACUGAAGGUGAAUCUUAAAUUUGGGCUCACUGAAUUUAAAGCCACAUGUACUGACAUGACUUCCCAAGAAAGUCGGGAAGUAGUAAUAGAUUUUUUAUCUGUGUAAAUACAUCAAGCAGCAGGGACAAUAACUCAGAGUAUAGCAUGACUUUAAUGGGAGGCAGUAUCUGCAGUAGAGAAGGUAAAUGGACCAUAAAGUCCAUCAUUCAGACGACUGCUCACUCAGGUAAACAGUUUGCUAGUAUGAUUGUCUGGUUCCUUCCAUUCCUCACCAACCAUCUUUUCACUGUUUCUGUUGUGUCUGGCAACAUAUGUCUGCUGCUUGAUCUCUUGCCCUUCUAGCUUAGUCAUAUUGCAUCUCAGACCACAAUAAUCCUGACCAUCAAUAUAAUAACCUCCACUCAUGUUGGAUACAAAGCUUUUGGACUGGUGUCUAACUUCCACAUAUACCAUAGCUGUUUCUUUUAGCCUGAUGUCUUUUUUCAGCUACAUCCUCUUUUCCUCUGAUAUCAGGUCUCUGUAUCUCAAGUCCAGGCUUAACUCUGCCAAGGGUGGCAUUCAAUGGAUUUGAGUUUUCUUUUGAACAUCUCUAAUAAAGAUUGUGUGUAAUUAAAACA